AAAAACAGUAUUACUUCAGCUUUAUUGUAUUUUUAAAUUCAAGUGUUGAAACCUCCUUGAUAAAAACUGAUUCAAUAUACAUGAUACUGGCCUGUUAGUCGAAAAAAGAGAUUUUUUAUGAGUGACAAAUAAAAGGUUAUAAACAAAGUAUCAAAAAUUCACAAUCUUACUCAAAAACUAAGGUACAUUAUUAUUAAAUUCCGUGAUGAACUUGAGUGAUUUCGAAAUAGCGGAAAUUCCUAAUUUAUAAUCAUACUCAAAUUACUUGUAAUGAAUCAAAUAUGUCAGCAACCGACUCGUCAGCCCAAACUCAAGAAAUUAAAAAAUCCAAGAAAAAAUCGUAUCGCAUGGCGGACGAGGCGGCGGCCGACUGCCUGUUCGAGAGGCUGCGGCUGCACCAGCAGCGCGCGCCCGACUCCACGGAGGUGGCGCGCGCGAUCACGGCCAGGAUCAACUCACGGCUCACCUCCCAUGAUAAACAUGUUCGCCAGAGCACGCUGGACAAGUUAUGGAAUAAGCAAUCGGGCGCCAUCCAAAUGCUGCUUUCCAUAUUGGAGAACUCAAGAGAUACAGCUACGUCAACAUAUACCACAUCUAUAUUGAGAGAAGCAUUGUGUAUGAAACAAGGAAAAGGAAAGAAAUGUUCAGUUAACAAUUUGACGCGACACCACUGCGCACAAGAAUUCAUAGCUAUUAAGGGCACUCAAGUCAUUAUUCGCAAGGCAAUAUCGACGAUGCAAGACAAGAGAGAUCGCCACGCUGGAACAGAAAUUAUAUUGCAAGAUUUGAUCUGGAUACUGGCCGCGCUCGGUACACGAGAUCCCAAAUUUGCAAUGAAAGUAAGAAUGCUGGGCUGUGUAAGGACAAUGCAUCUGAUAUUAAAGGGACACUUCACGGACAACAAAUUAAUUUUUCCUCUUCUGGUUAUUAUCAAGCAGUUAGCCAAAAAUGCAGUCACAACUUCCAUUCUUAUUCGUGACGGAGUCAUAGCAACUUAUGAACGAGUUCUAGUGAGCCUUGGUUUCAUACCAACUGCCAGGCUCCGACUGUGUCUAGAUGCCAUCGAUUACUUCAGCAAAAACAAGGUGUGCUGCAUGCAGAUCGUGAAGACAGGACUGUGUAGCGUGCUCCUCAGGGUGUUCGACCGAUGGGACCGCUACGAGGGCCGCAUGAGACUCAAGAUAUGCGCACACAUAUUGCAGACGCUACAGCAUCUAUGUAAUAUAAAGGCUGGGCGUCGGGCUCUGUGCACAAAGCACGUACAAACUCUUCACAGAUUCUGCUCGCAAUGUCCAGACGAGCCGGAGUUUGACGGACUGUUGGCGCGAGUCUGCUCUGUUAUAACGUUGUGCCUGAAACACCAGGCACUGCCAGUGGCAGUCACUAGCCCGGCCUCAUUUAACCUUAAUCCUAUACUUAAAGGAACUAACGCGUCUUGGCCAUGUCAUGAAGACGAAGAAGACGCGGCGAAUUCAGAUUCUAAAACAGUCAAUUCAGAUCUUGAUGAUGACGGUCCAGAUACGGAUCUAGAUGGAAUGGAGGAGUUUCCUGAUACCGACUUUGAUGAACCUGAAAUCAAAAAUGAAACCAACGAAGACAGUAAUAUAGACAAAGGAUUUACCAAAAGUGGCGACAGUUUACAAAGUUCCCUUUGGAUAAAUCCUAGCGAGAGAGAUAUAGAAGACUUAAAAAAAUAUUUUAUUUAUUUCAAAGAGUUCGGUUCUUAUAACAAACAAAUUAAACUAGUCAAGAGCCGUUCCAAUUCACGCGGCUCUAUCUUGGAAGACUUCCUGACGUCUCAAGCCAGUGGUAACAGAAAUAUGUCGUCGACUCUGAGUCUUUCUCUAACUGGAGUUUUAGGAAACACUGAUUAUGAUAAUGUCAUGGGAUCAACACAAUCACCUUUCAUGCAGGGCUACCAUAAAAUCCAUGAGAGUAUUUCAACAACUUCUUGUUCAUCUCUUAAGAUACAUAAAGAUGUAUCUAAAUAUAGUUCAUUCGCGACCGUAUAUUCUAUGAUGACAUCGAGGGUUCGAAGUGUCAUUCCGUUCGUGAAGGUAGCGUACCCGGACAUGAUGGGUGGUCAGAGUUACAGUCAACCCGAACCCUUAAACAAAAUGGAAAGGACUGCCUGCAGAACGAAACUGCUAUCGUGCGUAGACAGGGCUAUAAACCCAGAAUCCUAUAUGAAUGAAGUAAUUUAUGAUUUGGAUCAGCUUUGUAGCAGUGCCAAUCCUUCCGACACAACUUCACAAAAAAGUUUAAAUACGGAGAGUACAUUCCUCACCAACAACGACGAACACGAGAUUACAAAAGUAAACAGCUUUUCCUCCAGAUUAGGAUUUGAGUCAAGAUUCGAGUCGGGUAAUCUUAGGAAAGCCAUUCAGAUAGGUCCGAGAGAGUACGAGCUGAUCCUAAUGCCCGACGUGAACUCGACCAAGAGACACCAGUGGUUUUACUUCGAAGUGCGCAACAUGACGCAAGGCCGCCCUUACAUCUUCAACAUUGUCAACUGCGAGAAAUCUGAUAGCCAGUUCAACUUCGGAAUGAAGCCCGUCAUGUAUUCUGUAAAAGAAGCCGUCAUGGGGAGGCCAGGUUGGGUGCGUGCCGGUUCCGAUAUUUGCUAUUACCGCAACAGCUACCAUUACGCGAACCAGAAGAGCCACAACAAAUGUUACCUGACCGUCACGUUCAACAUCGAGUUCCCGCACUCCAACGACGUGUGCUACCUCGCUUACCAUUAUCCAUUCACUUACUCCAUGAUGAUGACUCGCAUCUGGCAAUGGAGUUUGCAGAUGCCGCCCGGUUCCUAUUUCCGCGCUGAGCCGCUCUGCUAUUCGUUGAACAAUAACGAAGUCCCAUUGUUGACUAUUUCUGCUGACGACUCGCCGUCUAAUCCUAUUGUGGACCGUGACAUAGUGUUUCUAACUGCCCGCGUGCACCCCGGAGAGAGCAACGCGUCCUGGGUGAUGGACGGUUCGCUCGCUUGCUUGCUCGGAGACACGGCCGUCGCCUCCGCAUUACGAGCCAAAUACGUCUUUAAGAUCGUGCCCAUGCUCAACGUGGAGGGAGUGCUCAAUGGCUGCCAUCGAUGCGGCUUAACUAAUGAAGAUCUAAAUCGGCGCUGGUGUAAACCUAGUCCCAUACUGCAUCCUUCGAUAUAUCACACUAAGGGACUCAUAGAAUAUCUGGUGCGAGUGUGGAAGAAACCGCCGUUAGUCUACUGCGACUACCAUGGUCAUUCGCGGAAGAAAAACGUAUUUUUUUAUGGUUGCGCCGCCGCUGAAAGCUGGUGUAGUAACGACCGUCUUGUACCAGACGAACCCGUCAAAUACCUUAUGCUGCCAGCUCUUAUGCAUCGUAUUUCGCCGGCAUUCGCGCUUGGCUCGUGCUCAUUCCGAGUGGAGAGGGAGCGCGAGAGCACUGCUCGGGUGACGGUGUGGCGACACCUCGGCGUCACCCGUUCUUACACUAUGGAGGCGUCUUUCUGCGGUUUUGACAGAGGGCCGUUCAAAGGUUUCCAUCUAAAUACACAGCACCUGCAGAACGUGGGCAGUGAUUUUUGUGAAGCGCUCAACGGCCUAAGCGAUAGCGCUAAUAAUGUCGACAUACAACUCACGAAAGACCUAAACGGUGAGGUAGCGGUAGACAGCGAGCCAGGAUCCGGGUCAGACAGCGUGUUGAAAACAGAUUCUGACGAAGAAUUCGAUUAGUAGUAACAUAAUGUAAUGUUAGCAGUUAGAAUAAGCGUUGGAUAUCAGAUUAACCACUCGUCUGGAUUCACCACGCGAGGGUGAUAUCGUCACUGUCAAACCUGUGUCAAAACAUGUCAAACUAAACAGGUUCUUUUGUGUAGAGAUACGACAUAGAUUUGGAAUUUAUCGAUCAAUGUACACGUUUGUAGCGACCAUCGAAAAAUAUCCUCUCACCGCUCUGCAUAAUACUUAGGACGCUCAUAUUAUGAAGCGCAGUACUAUAUUCAUACCUGAUCCGAAUAAAAAAAAAUUGGCAGUAUCGACCGAAAGUGUAUAUAACAUUACUCGAUGGAUCAUGUUGGCGAUAUCAAACUGCGCGUGGCUAUAAUAAAAUUUUAGAAGUUAAACAUACGGAUUAUGUGUACGGGUGCAGUUUAUAUGUACUUUAGUGACGGCAGCAGAUUUAUUUUUAGAUGAGAAUAUUUUGUUGUAACUCGGGUAAAUUAUGUUAAUUUUGCACUAAGGUUCAGUUUUGUACGAAAUUCGUAUUUUGUUCUAUACGCUAACGUGUGAAGUGUGCGUGGUAUGAUUUAAAUUUAAAUGGCUUGUGAUCUCAGUUACGAAUAAAUAU